UGUCCGCACACACGGCCAAGGUCUUGGCGCACUCAGCAUCACUUCUGUCCUCUUUGUCAUGCUAAACUGGCAGGACAGACAGAGAGAGAGGACCGACCACGCGUCCUCCUCCUCCUGAGACUUCAUUAAUGGAACACUAAAUAAAGAAGAGGCUAAUCACAUGAAGAACGUGCUGACAGAAAAGACUGCAGGACCCGCAAUGUCCCUCAGUACAGAUACAACAAAGUUUUAUUCCAAUGGUGGCACAUUGGCUGGAUCUAGUGUUCGUAGCACACGCUCCAAGGCGGAGCUUCAGGAGUUGAUGGAGAGCUUGCAGCGUAGGAAGUCCGCUCUGGAGGCCAGCUUAAAGGCUACUGCAGACUGCGGUUACCUCACUUUGUCCCCACCUCCCAGUCCCCAAUCGGCAUCAUCCUAUCUACAGGACCGUCCACCUCUUUCUAUACGAGUCCCUUCCCCUUACACACCCGCCAGCAGCUUAAGCAUGCCACCAUCGCCCCGCCACUCAGAGCGGCCCAUAAGUCCAGUCCCAAACCGCGCCCGACACCAGUCGCAGGACAACCUGUUGCUUUGCCUCCCUUUGGAAGGGCGACAUCCCAACACUGCCAACUCACUCCUUUCUAUGUGCAACGGCUCUUCUUCCUCCUACAUGACCGAUGCUCUUCCUUCAUCUCGCCGAGGUCCAAGCGGGGCGGCCAGCAUGCCCUCCAGCCCUCGCUUGGGCCGCAGAUUGCUAACAAGAGAUGGGGAGUCCACCAUUGACCCAUCACUCCGCCAAAGGAAAUACUCCACCAGCUCUCUGAAUGGCCUGGGGGAACAUAGUCUUUCUUUGCCUAGGUUGUAUCGAGGAGAUGCCCCAGUGCUUUCUUUGCCACCCCGACGUACCACCAAACCACGCCGCAGCCUUCCGUUCUUGGAGAAACCUCCAGAUGUGACCGUGACAGCCAACUUGAUCAGCAGUUCUCACCGGACCAGCCUCUGUUCAGUGGGCUCUGCCCCAUGUUUGGAUCUAGGCGUAGGAGAAAGGCGGCUGUCGUUUGGUAAAGGAGGCCUGGGGCCCGGCAUGGGGCCGAGGAGGGGCAGUAUCAGUUCUCUCAGUGGAAAAGAAGAACUCAGAGAUUAUCAUCAGAGACAAAGAGAUGAGAGACUACGAGAACAGGAAGUGGAAAGACUGGAACGCCAGCGUCUUGAGACUAUUCUGUGCCUGUGCUCUGAGCUGGGUCAGUCUGAACUUGGCCGAAUGGAGACCGACUCGGGUGUCUCAGCUGUAUCGGACCUGCAGAAAAUCAACCGAGAGCUGGAGAAGCUGCAUGUGUCUGAUGACGAAUCAGUGUUCUCAGACUCUGCUGCAGUGUCUCUGGACAGCGGGUUUCUGGGUAAGGGUCGUGGAGAGAUCCUGACCCAGAGACAGUGCAGACUCAGCGGACACAGGGAGACCAGGCCCCAGUCACCCACCACCAGUCUGCGGAGCUCAGUCCCCUCACCCUCUCCACGCCUCCGCAGCAAAGUGUCUGAAGACAUGCCGCUGAGACAGGAAGUGACACGUAUCGAAGAGGAGAGAAUUCAGGUGCUUAACAACAUUGAGGAACUUGAACAGAAGAUCAAAGAUCUAGACACACAGAUGGACGAGUCUAUCAGAGAGAUGGAGGUGGAGAGAGCUCUUUUAGAUGGGGAGCAGGAGGCAGAAGUGGCUCAGCUACAGAGCGAUAAAGAAAUGCUGGAGCAGCUCAACGAAAAAAUGGCCAACGUGGCAAAAAAUGCUAAAAAAAAUCAAACUCAGGACACUGAAGCUUUGGAAGCAGAAACGAAGCGUUUUGAAGAUUUGGAGUUUCAGCAGCUGGAAAAAGAGAGCCGUCAAGAUGAAGAGAAGGAGACACAGACGCAGCAUCUCCUCAGAGAGAUUGCAGAAUAUCAGAGAUCUGUCGUCACUCGCAAGGAGAGGCUACUUACCUUGAAGAAGCAGUCAACCCAGAUUACCAAGCAAGGACAACGGGAAAAGGAGAACUUAUUGAAGGAGAAGAGCAACCUCAUUUAUAUGCUACGAAGGGAACGGGAGAACCUUGCAUCUCUGGAAAGGAAGUACUCUGAGCUCACAGGUGGUCAAGCAUUUCCUCUCAACCCUAUGUCCAUGAAGGAGCACUUUCGCUCUCUUGAGGAGAGGAGGCGGAGCAAUGGCAGUAAAGAAGGUGGGGUUCUGUUGAGUGACAGCGGGAUGUCCCGUAAAAGAGAGAGGCAGAGCCUCGGGACCUUCAACUCUGCCCUUAAUCGCAGUCUGUCUCCCAAGGUCAGACAACAGAAACGGCACAUAGGAAAACCUCAUAUGCCACUGUCUCAAAGCUCUAGCUGUGGUAGUGUACUCCCCCACACUCUGUCUGUCACCUCCCGUGACCUGGACACCCGCCGCCUGCUCAAGGCAGGUCAGCUGUUUUUGAAUGACGAGAGGCAUAGAAUGAGUGAGAUGUCAAAUAGGACAGUUUCUGAGACAAACGUCUUCCUGGAGCCGUUCCACUACAUGGAUAACGGACACAACUUUGACACAAUGAGCGUGUACAGUACAGAAAGCCUGGAGACCAGCAUUUCCGCCUGUUCACCGGACAACAUCUCAAGUGCCAGCACAGCUAACAUGGUGAAGAUAGAGGAGAUGGAGCGCCUGCUAAGAGAAGCUCAAGCUGAGAAGAACAGACUGCUGGAGCACAGGGAGCGGGAGAUGGAGUUACGGCGACAGGCUCUUGAAGACGAGAGGAGAAGGAGGGAGGAAUUGGAGAGGAGACUGCAGGAAGAGACAAACCGACGACAGAAACUAGUAGAGAAAGAGUCUCGUCCGUUGACACGAUACCUCCCAGUGAGAAAGGAUGACUUUGACCUGAGAGGUCACAUCGAGGCGGCGGGUCACCAUCCUGAAACUUGUUUUCACCUGGCCAUCACUGAGAAGACCUGCAGGGGGUUCUUGGUCAAAAUGGGUGGGAAAAUCAAAACCUGGAAGAAGCGCUGGUUCGUCUUUGACCGCAGUCGAAGGACGCUGGCAUAUUAUGCUGAUAAACAUGAGACUAAAAUGAAGGGUGUUAUCUAUUUCCAAGCCAUUGAAGAAGUGUAUUACGACCACCUAAAGAACGCACACAAGAGCCCAAACCCUUCCCUGACGUUUAGCGUGAAGACACAUGAACGGGUUUAUUACAUGGUGGCUCCUUCCCCAGAGGCCAUGAGAAUCUGGAUGGAUGUUAUCAUCACUGGAGCGGAGGGAUAUACGCAUUUCCUGGUGUGAGCAGGAUUCAUCUUUGUUUAACGACAUUUAACAAGUCCAAAGUGACCUUCACACUUCAGCUCGGCCUGAUAAUGGGCUCAUUUUCCACGUCCACUGUUCUGAAGAGGUUACACUUUUAUGAUUCUCUUUUAUCAGUACUGAUUGGGACGAGAGCGUUGACUGUAUAUUUUGCAGUUUGGAAUACCUAGUUUGGAAAAACUGGUGCUUUACCCACUGCAUCCUGUCGUGAGAUUACAGAGGCAGCUUUCAGACUUCAAAGGUACCAACUCUUGAAUUUUUCGCCCUGUUUUGUUCACUUCCGGGGUGAGACUUAGAACAGCUGUAAAUAAGAAAUCAGUCACUGGUCUUCACAUUUCACAAACGUGCCAACUCUUAAUGAAGCUGAAUAUACCUCAAAGAUGAACUGUUGUGGUUGUUAAAACGAAACACCAAAAACAAAGUGUUCCUUUGUUUUUGGUGUUUCGACUUAGUACAGACUCUAACAAACAUCAGGGUAUUGUUCAGUACUGUUUUUAUAUUCAACAGUACUAAACAUGAAUUUAUAAAUGUAUUUUCACUUAAUGUUUUUGUUGUUGUUGUUAAUUGACCUUUGUAUCUCUGUACAAUUUAUAUUAUUCCCUCAUUUACCAAGUGCCUUACAUUUGUCAAUAUCUGAUGAGAAUAGCUAUAUAUUUAGCUAUAAGACUUGUAGAAUGACACAAACAGACUGUGGUUAUUUUAAGCAUUAUUUUGUAUCGACCAAUUGUGCCACCCUGAUGCUCAGGAACAUUCCAGAAGGAAGAAUUUCGCACCAAAGACGAGCUGAAUUUGUGUUUCAGCAUGACAUGAAUGUAAAAACUGACACCUAAGAUGCUAUCUUUAAUAGAUGAGGCUCUUAAUAAUUUAGCACAAAUGUGUAUUUUCAUAAUGUUUUUGAUUAGAAUCAUUGAGUUCUCGAUUGUUUGUUGUACUGCAAUUGACCAGCAGAGGGUUUUACUUUCAAUGAUAUUGAAAUGAUUACAGGAUUUAUUCACUGCAAGAAUCUCAUUUGACCCUUAAGUUGAAAUAUAAGAUGUUAAAAGUUUUGUUUUGUUACCACUGAACAAAUCUAUAUGCAUGUCUGAACUUAUUGUGUAUCUGAUAUGUUUUUUUAUGUAGGAAUCACUAUAAUUUAAUUUAGAGUAAUUUAGAGUAAUAGUAAAUUAGAAAUUAUAUGAAUUAUAUGUCAAGAAGAAACGCCGUUGUUUUAUUAGGAAAAAAUUAAUGCACAGGUGCUAUCUGCCAGCAAAACGUCUAGUUCAGUGGUUCUCAAGUGGUUUUGCUUCAGGAACCAGAUUUUCAGAUCUUUGACGUCAAUAAGAAAUGAUACGGGAAGUCUCUUUCCUCCUCUUUUUUUAAUUUUAUUUUUACGCCUAUUUGUUUUCCUAUCCAAAUGAUGUGCAGUUUUAAUGCAUUUUAUUUGCAUUGUUUUUUUCCAUGCUGUUAUACCAAAUUGUGUUGCAUCAUUCGUGCAGUCAUGUCUGUCAUUCAGUCUCAUUUAAAUCACAGGGCAUCUUUUCUGGCAAAUACUUCCAACAAUUUAGGCUGUGAAAUGAAUUAAUUUUAGUUUGCCAGGCAGUAGAUCAAUGCUGAUGUGCACUUUGAGACUAAACAGUUUUUUUAGAGAUGCUUUCUCAGCUUUCAUUCAGUAAACAAUACAGUACAUUACAGGAUAAGCACAACAAAGCGUUAUAUAGAUCACAAUAAAAUAAGUACUUAUAUAAAAUGUAUCUUUUC